AAGGUUUGCAAGCGACGUCGAAUGUACCUAUAAGUCUUUGGCCUGUGGCUCAUUUGGUCUGUAUGGCAGUGUCUGAGCGGACUGAGGACGAGCAACAAUCAUGUUGACUUGAGGAUGUGUCCUCCACCACAAUUCCUUUUCUCUUCUCUCUCACAUACAUAUCUCGAUGUAGUACUGCCCAGCACAGCUUCUCAAGAUGUCUGCUCGAAUCGAGACAGAGACACCUCCAGCUGAAACGAAUGGUCCACUACUUGCGAGAAUCAGCGAGCCUCAAUUCGACGCGGUAGACUUUCUCAACGACCUCCUCCCGCCCCUCAGCCUGUCCUCCCAGACCCACGCACAGAAGACAACCAGAUCUGGGCAGAUACAGAGCGCUUCCACUGACUCACUCGCGCUUUUAUCCUCCCUGAACACGGUCAACAUCCGUGCGUCUUCCGAUUUAUCCUCUUUGACGGACGAGAUCAUACGCAGCGGUAAUCGACUGGCAUACGAGGUGGAAAUUCUGCGUGGUGAUGUUAGUGGUCUGCAUGAGCUGCUGACGGAUUCAUUGCGGGAAGAUAUCGGACACUUUGUUCGAGAUGCAGUAGACGGAGUGGAUUCGGCUGGAGGCUCGGAAAGACUGCUGUCGAAGAAUGAACCUGACUUCAUGAGACAACUGCGACUGCUAGGCAAGGUCAAAGCACGUCUUGAAGCUGUCAUUACGAUUUUUGGAGAAGCAAUGAAAUGGCCGAUGCCCCCCUCCGAGCUCUCAGUGGCUUCAUCACUAAUCUCGGUAUCUGCGCCAGAACUAGGCAUUCAAAGCACACAGGAAGACGACAAGGCUCGAGACGUGUUGAAAGGAAUCCGCACCGAAAUCACCGAGGCCCUUAAUUCUGAGGGAGGCGGCUAUGCAGGUUGGGAGGCAGCAGCUCAGAGGGUGGAGGAAUACAGACAGCUUGCUUCGUUGUGGAAAGGCACCGGUGAAGAAAAAGCAAGAACCAAGUUUGUAGAUACGCUGGCAAAAGCUGUGGAAGAUAGGAGGAAAGUGCUCGAAAGCCGGGGCGCAUCACGGAAUGUGAGGGCUGACGGCUCCCCUCGAUCAAGUUCCACGAUGGGCAGAAGUACCAAAGCAUCCAACGAAGGUGGUGCAGUUGGGUUGUUCAGAAACUUGCAGCGCUUGAAGGACGACUUGUACCUGGAGUAAUGCUGAUAAAUAUUGGCAUUCGAUUGAUUUCAGCACCAUUUCAUUUGGUGUGAACAGCACUUGAUCGCAUCACGCUCAAUGGUCUUUUGAUCCUCCCAUAAUCUCGCACCGGGCGUUGUGCAGACAUGAAUUGUGCAAGGCGCAGCUGAC